AUGGCUUCGGAUUCGAACGUUUUCCGCAACUUCAAUCUUUCCUCUAUAAUAAAUAAAAAAGAGAACGUGGAUGAUUCGACUGAUUUUCUCACUGAUUUUUAUCCACUCAUAGUUUGCAGCAAUAGUAACAACAAUAACAGCAACUACAACAACGAUAACUGCAACAACAGAAACAGGAACAACAAUAGCAACAACUACAACAACGACAACAGUAACAACAACAGCAGUAACAACGACAACAAUAACAACAACAGCAACGACAGCAGCAAUAGUAACAACAAUAACAGCAACUACAACAACGAUAACUGCAACAACAGAAACAGGAACAACAAUAGCAACAACUACAACAACGACAACAGUAACAACAACAGCAGUAACAACGACAACAAUAACAACAACAGCAACGACAGCAGCAAUAGUAACAACAAUAACAGCAACUACAACAACGAUAACUGCAACAACAGAAACAGGAACAACAAUAGCAACAACUACAACAACGACAACAGUAACAACAACAGCAGUAACAACGACAACAAUAACAACAACAGCAACGACAGCAGCAAUAGUAACAACAAUAACAGCAACUACAACAACGAUAACUGCAACAACAGAAACAGGAACAACAAUAGCAACAACUACAACAACGACAACAGUAACAACAACAGCAGUAACAACGACAACAAUAACAACAACAGCAACGACAGCAGCAAUAGUAACAACAAUAACAGCAACUACAACAACGAUAACUGCAACAACAGAAACAGGAACAACAAUAGCAACAACUACAACAACGACAACAGUAACAACAACAGCAGUAACAACGACAACAAUAACAACAACAGCAACGACAGCAGCAAUAGUAACAACAAUAACAGCAACUACAACAACGAUAACUGCAACAACAGAAACAGGAACAACAAUAGCAACAACUACAACAACGACAACAGUAACAACAACAGCAGUAACAACGACAACAAUAACAACAACAGCAACGACAGCAGCAAUAGUAACAACAAUAACAGCAACUACAACAACGAUAACUGCAACAACAGAAACAGGAACAACAAUAGCAACAACUACAACAACGACAACAGUAACAACAACAGCAGUAACAACGACAACAAUAACAACAACAGCAACGACAGCAGCAAUAGUAACAACAAUAACAGCAACUACAACAACGAUAACUGCAACAACAGAAACAGGAACAACAAUAGCAACAACUACAACAACGACAACAGUAACAACAACAGCAGCGACAACAACAGCAGUAACAACAGCAACAAUAACAACAACAGCAACAGCAACGACAAUAACAACAAC